AUGCUGACCCGCCUGUUCAGCGAGCCCGGUCUCCUCUCGGACGUGCCCAAGUUCGCCAGCUGGGGCGACGGCGACGACGACGAGCCGAGGAGCGACAAGGGCGACGCGCCGCCGCCGCCUCCGCCUCCGCCGCCGCCUGGGGCUCCGGGGCCCGCCCGGGCCGCCAAGCCAGUCCCUCUCCGUGCAGACGAGGUGCCGGAGGCCGCGCUGGCCGAGGUCAAGGAGGAAGGCGAGCUGGGGGGCGAGGAGGAGGAGGAAGAGGAGGAGGAGGAAGGACUGGACGAGGCAGAGGGCGAGCGGCCCAAGAAGCGCGGACCGAAGAAGCGCAAGAUGACCAAGGCGCGCCUGGAGCGCUCCAAGCUGCGGCGGCAGAAGGCGAACGCGCGGGAGCGCAACCGCAUGCACGACCUGAACGCGGCGCUGGACAACCUGCGGAAGGUUGUGCCCUGCUACUCCAAGACACAGAAGCUGUCCAAGAUCGAGACGCUGCGCCUAGCCAAGAACUACAUCUGGGCACUCUCGGAGAUCCUGCGCUCGGGCAAGCGGCCCGACCUGGUGUCCUAUGUGCAGACGCUGUGCAAGGGUCUGUCGCAGCCCACCACCAACCUGGUGGCCGGCUGCCUGCAGCUCAACUCGCGCAACUUCCUCACGGAGCAGGGCGCCGACGGCACGGGCCGCUUCCACGGCUCGGGCGGCCCGUUCGCCAUGCACCCCUACCCGUACCCGUGCUCGCGCCUGGCGGGCGCACAGUGCCAGGCGGCGGGCGGCCUGGGCGGCGGCGCGGCGCACGCCCUGCGGACCCACGGCUACUGCGCCGCCUACGAGACGCUGUAUGCGGCGGCGGGCGGCGGCGGCGCGAGCCCGGACUACAACAGCUCCGAGUACGAGGGCCCGCUCAGCCCUCCACUCUGUCUCAAUGGCAACUUCUCCCUCAAGCAGGACUCGUCGCCCGACCACGAGAAGAGCUACCAUUACUCUAUGCACUACUCGGCGCUGCCCGGCUCGCGGCCCACGGGCCACGGGCUGGUCUUUGGCUCGUCGGCUGUGCGCGGGGGCGUCCACUCGGAGAAUCUCUUGUCUUACGAUAUGCACCUUCACCACGACCGGGGUCCCAUGUACGAGGAGCUCAAUGCGUUUUUCCAUAACUGA